AUGUUUCAGCAUAAUGGCAACUCAUCGACCUGUGUCGAGCAGCCCAUUGAACUCCAGGAUGUCUCCAAUCAUCUUAGCAAACCGCAAGAUGCCAACGUCGCUGGCUCAUACACUGGUCUGCGGCUCUCCGAUACCAAGGGUGCCCGGGAAAGCGAUCCAGUAGAGAAUCUGCCGUCUCCAACUACGCAGGCAGCAGAGAAGCUCGAAAGAUGGAACCAUCCACGGUCAAAUCUGUUUCGGACCAUGGCAGCGUUUUGGAGCUUCGUGGUCAUGGGGAGUAAUGAUGCUGCUUACGGAGCGUUGAUUCCUUAUCUGCAAGAGUACUACCAUCUCACAUUCGUAGUGAUAUCACUUGUUUUCCUGUCACCGCUAGUUGGAUACACGGCUUCUGCUCUACUGAACAACACAAUCCAUCUGAAGUUUGGCCAAAGAGGUGUUGCCAUUAUUGCGCCGAGCUGCCAUCUUAUCGCGUAUAUUGUCAUAGCAGUGCAUCCUCCGUAUCCUGUGCUGGUCGUCAUCUUCAUGCUGGCUGGGUUUGGCAACGGACUCGCUGAUGCUGCGUGGAACGCAUGGAUCGGUAACAUGGCCAAUCCGAACGAGGUAUUGGGUUUCUUACACGCAUUUUAUGGGCUUGGAGCUGUCCUCUCACCGUUGAUUGCCACGACGAUGAUCACAAAAGGGAGUAAGCUGCCGUGGUAUACCUUCUACUAUGUCAUGAUUGCCAUGGCUGUUAUCGAACUGGCAACCUCCGUAACUGCUUUCUGGCGCGAGACGGGAGCAGUGUUCCUUGCCGCUAAUCCUCGUACGAACAACACCAAGGACAACCGUAUGAAGGAAGCCCUUGUUCGUCUACCUAAUGCGCGAGUCACCUGGCUCUGUGCGUUAUUCCUGCUCGGCUACGUCGGUAUCGAGGUCGCGCUUGGUGGAUGGAUUGUCAAGUUCAUGCUUGAGGUCCGUGAUGGCGAGGACUUUGCUAGUGGUAUGACUGCAACAGGAUUCUGGAUGGGCAUCACUGUGGGAAGAAUCAUUCUGGGUUUUGUUACUCCGAGACUUGGGGAGAAGUUAGCUAUUGCUAUCUACCUCCCACUCACAAUGGCCCUGGAACUGAUUUUCUGGCUCGUCCCCCAGUUCUACGUUUCGGCCGUUGCAGUCAGUUUUCAAGGCUUUUUCCUCGGGCCCCUCUUCCCUGCCGCCGUUGUCGCUGCUACUAAGCUUCUUCCGCGCCACCUGCACGUCAGCGCCAUUGGCUUCGCAGCAGCUUUUGGCGGAAGUGGAGCAGCCAUUUUCCCGUUUGCAGUAGGAGCUAUUGCGCAGGCCAAAGGUGUACAGGUAUUGCAGCCAAUCAUCUUGGCACUUUUGGGCGUGAUCUUGGGCUUAUGGUUGUGUUUGCCUAGAAUUCACAAGAAGCAAGAGUGA